AUGUCUACCAAAACUCAAUCUCGCGGAUCCUCACCCAGCAUGUCUGCUCGACCCAAACUCAUGAGAGCACAUGCCACAGCACCUUCCCUCGUCACCGGCAAUGCCUCGCGUAAGGAUCUCGCUACGCUCCAUGCUUCGACCAAAGCGGCGUCGAUUCUCACGAGGGUGGCUAGCUACUCGGCUCAGCAAGAUCACAUGAAUGGAGGGAGCUCGAGGAGAGAUAGCGGCAGUGCGUAUUCGACGCCUGGAAAUCGCAGUCCUCGGAGUCCGGAGAGCGGCAGCGGAUUGGCCAGGAGCUCAGCGGGCUACUUUAGCUUUCCCUCGUUUGAAGAUUUUCAAGGAUACCAAGAACCAAAUGAGAGGAUGGAACGAAAGAGCGUCUCAUGAGAGGCUCUUCACAAAUCACUUGCUUGGAUAGUCAGGAUGGAGAAAAGAGAUGGAGAAAAAAAAAGUACAUAAGUGGGACGAGACGAUCGUCCUUCAUCAUCAUCAUAGUAAUAGGUUCUUGGGCUGGUUCUUGGGACGGACAGAUUUCGAUAUUCGGAUAUUCUUUGAUACCUUUUUCCGUGCAGCAGCACACGGAUGGAAUGGACACAUACACGGACGGACGGGAUAAGUGUUCAGGGCGUCCGGAACACGGGACCGGUGGUAAUUCUUUAGUAAAAAGUACAGUACGGGGUGGGUCGAUUCGAUCACGAAUCCGAGGAUCUCUCUCGGCAAUUCCGGGGUGAGCUUCUGCGUUCCCGUCUCGGAUGUUUGACGGAUGAGGGAUUGCUGUCGAUCGGAUUGGAACGAAUGGGAUGUUGUCCCCCUGGGGUAAACAGUGCUCCGUAUAUAUGGGUUAAUGUUUGAUUCGGUGUACAUUGGGAAUCUGUAUUUAUGGCUGGCAUUCCUUCCUUACACUAUAUACCCUUUCAUAUAUACAUUGGUCUUGGGCGUUGGUAUUUAUUCAAAGAAAUACCUGGUAUUUAUUUAACAAUCUAAUCGAACACUUUAAAAAUA